CUCGUCGAGCUUGAGCUCAAAGUCCUUGCAACUUGUUUGUAGCGUCCCUUUAUCGUGCAGACGGUGCGCCGGCGGAGCAAUUCUUGAUACCCACAUAGGGUAGGACCUAUAAUGAACCAGGAGGAGACCAAUCUCAACAUAUUCGAGCGAUAUGUGAUGAACAGUAUCCCGAUCCGACUCAUAUGUCUAUCAGACAUGAAGUUUGUGGCGCGCAGUGAUGUCAAGAAACACUUCAGGAGCUCUGUACCACUAGACGACAGUCUGUAUCACCCCUCCGAAAGCGUACGAUACGCCAUUCUAUCUCAUCGAUGGCUGGAUGAAGGAGAACCAACGUACGAUGACAUGAAGGCGAACACGGCAGAAGGCCUGGCAGGCUAUACUAAGCUGAAGAACUUCUGUGAAGAGGCCAGAGAGUAUGGGAUGGAAUUUGCAUGGUCAGACACCUGUUGCAUCGACAAAAACAACAGCACCGAACUAGACGAGUCGAUUCGUUCGAUGUUUCGAUGGUACCGCAAUUCAGCUAUUUGUAUCGUGCACCUGGCACAAAGCUUGACCAUUGCGGAUGUUGAGCAUGACGAGUGGUUCGCAAGGGGCUGGACAUUGCAAGAACUCCUUGCGCCCGAGAGGAUCAAAUUCUUUUACAAGCACUGGACACCAAUGACGGAUGAUGAAGAUGACAAGAACAUGGAAUCGACUGAAGUAAUGAAGACUUUGGAAAGAGCGACUGGUAUUCCUUUUGAUGACCUCUUUGUAAAUUUCACACCAGGUCCUAUCAGGGUGGAUAAACGAAUGACGUGGGCAGCGAGGCGCAAGACAACAAGAGCCGAAGAUGUGGCUUAUUCAUUGAUGGGAAUAUUUGACGUCAGCCUGCAGGUCGCUUACGGAGAAGGAGGAGACCGCGCCUUCUGCAGGCUCAUCGAGGCAAUCAUGCAGGCCGGUGAUCCCUCUGUCUUCAACUGGAAGGGUCAGUCUGCAGGACAUCAUACUUCACGCGCUAUUCCUCAAUCGCCCCAGACCUACAUGGACUGUCAAACUUUGGAGUUUGAUGAUGAGCGACUCGAGAUGACAAUGACCAGCCUCGGCUUGCGAGUGCCUCUAGCGAUACUCCCACUGAAUGUUCUCCGGAGGCAGUUUCAUGGCUCGAGUACCUAUCUCAAACUCACAUGCCCGCUGUGUCCGGCUCUCGAAAUUGAUUUCACCUCAUAUGACCCUACUAAUUUGUUUCCAGAAGACGUUGGAAAGGCUGCGUGUGACGCGUACUCGUGGGUUUAUGCGCUCGGAGUUGUCAACUACUCAAACAUUGAGGGAUUAAGCGAAGUCCUUGGGAUCCGGCGCAAGUCAGCUGGCUUCAUUCUAGCGCAAAAACCCAAGUCAAAUUUCCCAUCGGGAUUUCAACCGACUGACUCUCUUGGUAUCAAGAUCGCGCCUCACCCAGAAACGAAAUUCACGAAGUGGUCGUUGGCAAACAGCGGGGGUUUGAUUGUGGUUGAGUUUCCGAACAUACCCGAGGGAUCGGUUGUCUACAUCGAUCCCGACUACUUACAAUCAGUGUACUUAUAAGUUAUCAGUGUACCACCUACCGUGGUUUCGUACCAAAUGCGUCAAGUGUUGCGCAAGUGUAAUACCUGAAAUCAAGUUUUUUAUUUAAGACUAACGCUUGUAGGAUUUCGAAAUCAAUAAUCAUUCU